UUAUCCCUAGCAUUUUAGCGGCGCGUAGUUUUGUUUGUUAAGGUUAUAUGGUUUGUAAUUCAACGGAAUAUCGUCGUUCCUUUACAACAAGGUGACUCUAAAAUGGACUUCGACACCGCUAAGGAAAACAUACAACCGUUAGCUAGCGGUCGCAACGUUAGCCUGCUGCAGGCCUCACUUAGCCUGGACUCCGCGCAGGGCCAGGAGCUACUUGCGCAGCGCAGCAAGUUAAAGAAGGAAGUGGAGAAUUAUGCUGGCGAGGAUCCCCUGGAGCCAUGGCACGCAUACAUCUGCUGGAUCGAACAGAGCUAUCCGGCUGGUGGCAGCGAAUCUAAAUUGCAGGCGGUUUUGAAAGACUGCCUUACAAAAUUCGAGAAGGACGUUCGUUACCAGCAGGACAGGCGCUUCAUCAAGCUGUUUAUUAAGUUUGCGCAGGAGCAGAAGAACCCGAUUGAGUUGUACCAGGAAAUGUAUAGUCGCGGAACUGGCACGAUGCUGGCGGAUUUCUACAUCGCCUGGGCGUAUUGUUGCGACUUGAGCGGCAACAUGCACAAGGCCGAUGAGAUCUUUCGCCUGGGUCUCCAGUGCCGGGCCCAGCCGCUCGAGGAGCUACGGGAGGCGCACCAGCACUUCGGGUAUACGGUGGGCCAGCGCAUGCUGUACACCGACGGCGAGCAAGCGGAUGCAGUCAACCAGGAGCUAAACGAGCGUAGGCUGGCCUUGCAGUCAUUGCAGGGACGCCGCCAAAGGGGCUCAAACACAAUUACGGUAGGGAGCGUGCGUACCGGAGCUGCAGUAAAGAGCGAAUUUCCGGGUGUGGUGCAGAUGGGUGGCCCAAGCACCAGCCGCAGACAAAAUGCUGAUCGUAACGUGGAGGUUUUCAAGGAUGAAAACGGCGCAAUGCUGGCUGUGCCUACGCAAGAGGGGAAGACAAGCCAUACUUCAAUCGUCGAAGCAGCUCGCGGGAUAGAGAACCUCAAGGAGUCAAUGCCUUGGAACAAGGCUCACGCUAAGACACACAAGCACGGCAAAAUCUUCUCCGGCGACUCCUCACCUGACCUGGGCUUCGAUAUACAUGUCGAUGAGUAUGCGUUUCCACCCAUCACCAACUAUGAACGACACUUUGAAAAGCCCUUUCGUACUCCUCCCAACUUUGUGGCCAAGAACAAGCCAUUGGAGACAUGGGUAACGCCAGUAACAAUUGAGCAGGAGCCAGAAGCAAAUGCACUUCCGUGUUAUAAUAAAGCAAUGCUAUACCCGCGACCCAAUCUAGAAUUUUCUCCCGAGGAGUACCGAGCCUACAUUAAUUUAAAACGACGUGAGCCACAGCAUCCGUCGGUCAUUCGUAACGAUCCGUGGUGGGGCACUGGCGGCGAGCUCAGAGGAAUACGCUGCUAUCCAAACUUUGCCACCGCUUCCAAACCGCAACCGACAGACGAGCUGGUCAAGUAUUUUAAACCACCAAGUAUGCCUGAAAUUCAAGUCGAUUUUGACCAGCUUUACAACGACGAAGAGCAAACAGAAUACCAACAAGAGGAGUUGUUGGCAGCCAAGUGGCGGCAGAAACGUAAUCUUACAGUUAUUGGCGACUUUGAUAUGGAUGAGACCGCAUGUCUGCCCGGUAAUGAAAUGCCUCGCCGCAAAAGUUUCUUUCCAUUUUCCUCCAGAAAGUCAAUCAUGCCGCGUAGAGAAGAUCGCGUGGAGGUUACGGAACAAGUAGCUUCAGGAGACGAUACUCCAGCAACGUCUUCUGCUGUUUUACGUCAAUCCACUGUUUUAUCUCAACCGCUUGUUAUGAACGAGCAGCCUAAGGUGCCGCCAACGUUAAAAAUAUUUCAGGAUCCCGUUUCAACUGCAGAAGUCAACUUUGCUAUGCCAGAACCGCCUCUACGUAGCAUAGAGAUUUAUCAAGACCCGGAUGAGCCAGAAUCUGCCCCUAUAACUAAAGCCUCGGUCGUCGCACCCGCUUUCGACGGAGAUGAAACUUGCUCUACGCAAGUGUUUAACAUGUUCAUUAAGUCUCAUGGCAUAAGUACGCCGAAGGGUCCUCAAAAACAAGCACCGGCCCGACAGUUUGGCACUGUGUUAAAAGAACUGUCGCCGACGGACGAGCCUAGUCCUUCUCCAAGCUCUACCGAGUCCCCAGUCGAUUCCCGUUCACCGAUGUUGCGCAAACAGUUGUCCACCAUUUUGGAGACCUCAGAGCACGGAACCCAAAGUUCGGCGGCCACUAACGCUACUACUAAGUCGACCAUAACUUCAACUUCUUCUUCACCCGGGUCUCGCACUGCACUUACUCUGACCACCAAGAGUGAAGAGUGCACUCCUGGACCACUGAGGCAGCAGCACCUGCCUGGCCUUGACAAUUCCAUAGUCAGCGUGGAGCAAGAAAAAAAGGCUGGUGGCAAUUUUUCCCGUCGCGAGCUUUGGGAGCCCAAUGCUCCCAGCGUGCCGAUGAUGAAAUCUUUACGCUUCCAGGAGGAUAAGACGGAGACAAUUCCUAGAGCUCUGCCCUGUUUUCAGGAAGACAAAACAGAAACGUUGCCACGAUUACCUGUCGGCUUACCUGAGUGUGCACUAGCUGCCGCAGAACUGACUCCACUAAAGCUUCCAACGCUCGAUGAUGAUGAUGACCUUUGCGGCCUCUUUGCAAAGACGCCGCCAAAGAUGAAGACGUUUGGCUCUUCCAUUUUACAGGACGCCUCGAGGCGUGUUUGCGACCAAAACACUUCCGAUAUUUUUAUGAAUCCAAUAAAAGGCACUCAGGACUCGAUUGCUGCCUCAUUUGUUGAGGCCAUUGGUAAACCUUCCGCCCUACCGGAUAGCGGCCAGCUGGCGGAUUCUUUCAUGAACGAUUUGUCGUUUGUGCCCGAAACACAACCCGUGAAUGAACCCAACUUCGGGGCUCCGGCUAUGAAAAAGUUCGAGAUCUUCCUAGACGAGACACAGCCAGAGAUGAUAAAGGCAAAACCAUCUAUGGGCUGCAGUAUUACCUUGGACUCCACGGUGCCCGAAACGCAGCUGUCAGUUGUGCAAAAGGAUGCAGUUAAGAAGCCGCAAACUGUAGGACCCUCUCACAUGAUCGCUUCGUUCAUGAAUGAUUGCACUGAGCUAAGUAGCUGUCCGCCACAACUACCAAGUUCUUCAGGAGCAGUGAAGUUUAUAAACGAUUCUUCCAAUUCAAGCAGAUCGAAAAAUAGCGGAAAGCAGUCGGAUAACUUCUUCGAACUAAAUGCUGCCACGGAAAUGUUUGCCACCAACAUAAGUAUGAUUAAGAAUUCUACGCUGCUUCCUCCGCCUGUAAUUGAAAAUCCCCAUUUUGAAAAUGCUCAGGAACAAGCAGAAGAAAAUGCUGACGGAGACCUAAGCAUUUAUUAUAAAUCUACACCGAUAACACCUAAGCAAUCGCACCGUUCGUGGUCGCAUUCUGAUAAUGAUACACUUCCGCGAGAUCAGUUUGUACACCCCAAAUCAAACAUGGACAAGACAGAGCUGAACCAAACGGUCGCUGAUACUAAUGUUAACCCUUUCAACGUAGACCUUAUUAGUUCGCUGCUGGACGAAAUUGACUUCUCGCAGUACAUUGAAAAGUUACCGCACUGCCAAUUGGUGGGCCAUGUUAAGCGUCUGCGACCUAAUUCCCAAAUAGAGGUGAAUGGCGAAGAGUUUGAUGUGGUAAAGAUGCUUGAUAAGGGGUCGUAUGGCACUAUUUACACGGGACAACACGUGAAAACCGGAAAGAAGGUGGCUUUAAAGCAGGAACGGCCAGCCAACUACUGGGAGUUCUACAUUACCCUGGAGGUUCACAGUCGACUAACCAGCGACCAAAUGAUUCCCGCAUAUACACAUUUUGAUUAUGCAUUGGUGGGCAACAAUUGCAGUGUCUAUAUCUCUGACUUCUCGGAUUAUGGUUCGUUGAUCUCAGUGUGCAACAAAAUAAAGAGUGGAACAAGCAAGAAUCUGGACGAGUACGUUGUCAUGCAUCUAAGUUGCCAGAUGCUCGAUAUCGUGGAUCAUCUUCACGCCUUGGGGAUAAUCCAUGCCGACAUUAAGGCGGACAACUUUCUACUUAUGAGACCAUUGUGCGCGCAUCCCAAUGAAGUUAGCCUGCAGCUUAUUGACUUUGGCGUGUCUAUCGACACCAGACGCUUUCUGCCCAAUCAAACAUUCAAUUAUGUGCACCACCACGAGCUGUUCAAGUGCAUUGAGAUGCGCACCAAUCGGCCGUGGACGUACCAGCUAGAUUUAUUCGGCCUGGUGGGUGUCAUGCAUGUGCUGCUCUUUGGCACCUAUAUGGAAGUGGUGAAACGGAGUCCGAGUGGCGUUUGGAUGCCGAAAACGGCCUUUCCGCGCUAUGUCCAACGGCAGAUGUGGGAGACUAUCUUCAGGACGCUGCUUAAUAUUCGUGACUGUCGUACAAUGCCAAAUCUACAAGAAUUGCGUAUGCUGAUUAAAUCCGAGCUAGCUGAAAAGGAGAAAUAUGUUGCCGAGGCCAUUAACAAAUUUAAUAUGAUACUGCAAAAAUAAGAACAGAAAUUGUAUUGUAUUUAAUUAUUUAUAAAAUAUUAUAGGACGCUAUAAAAAGGCAUGGUUAAAUUAAGAAUUUAAACUGUUGUUUAUUAAUCCUGCGACUGCAUAAAAAGAUGUUUUUUCUGUUUAGCUCCUAACUGUUCACAACAUCAUCCCAUAUGAAAAAUGUAAAAAGUAUAAGCUAAAUGGAAAGUGCCCAAGAUACUCAAGUAGAGUAUUUUUGGUUUUUUAAAUAAAUACGAAACAACUUGA